AUGACCGCGACCCGCUUCAAAGCCUCUGUGUUCCUCGCCAUUUUGGCCUUCGUCAACGCGCGAGACACUCAAAUCCCAUUGACACACGGCGGGUGUCCCGCCAAUGGCCCGCUUUCGUGCAGCGACGAUGCCACCAGCGCAGCUGGAAGUUGCUGUUUGGAGGCUCCUGGAGUAUGCUUGCCGUCGUCUCUGUUUGGCGAGAUUCUCACUGAUAUUUCAGGGUCUUCUAUUGCAGACCCAGGCAAGUAUGGUCCUGCGACAGGCCCGAGCGACAGCUGGACCAUCCACGGGCUGUGGCCGGACAACUGCGAUUUGACAUUCAAGGAGAAUUGCGACCGUUCGCGGGCGUACAAGAACAUUGCGGGUUUGCUUGAAGCGCAAGGCGCACAGGACACUCUCGACUUCAUGAAAACUGCCGUGGCCUUCUUCCAACUCGUCGUGAAUCUCUUCCAGACUCUGCCAACGUAUACCUGGCUGGCGAACCACGGAAUAACACCCUCCAGCAGCGGCACGCACACGCUUCAAAGCCUGAAGGACGCGUUGCGGGCGGAAGCCGGUGUGGUCCCCGCGCUUGACUGCCAGGGCAAAACGCUGGAUUCCGUGUCAUGGUACUUUAAUCUCCGCGGCUCGUUGUUGGACGCAACGCCUGGGCUUGUGGCGAUUGAUGCUCCAGAGGAAGGGAAUUGUCCACAGAGUGGGAUUCGGUAUCCGAUAAAGGGAGGAAAUGGAGGCCACAGUGGAAAGGAAACACCAGUGAGCGAGGCUAUUCAGUGA